AUGGCUCCGUAUGAGGCUUUAUAUGGGCGAAGGUGUAUAUCUCAUAAUGGAUGGUAUGAGGUUGGCGAAGUUGAGUUGAUUGGACCAGGUUUGGUUCAUCAAGCCAUGGAGAAGAGGGUUGGUACUAGAACAUAUGAGUUGGAGCUACCACCAGAGUUAGUAGCAGUUCAUCCAGUGUUUCAUAUUUCUAUAUUAAAGAAGUGUUUGAGUGAUCAUGCACUUAUUGUGCCUACUAAGAGUAUUAGAUUAAAGGACGGUCUGUCAUAUGAGGAGAUUCCAGUUCAGAUCAUUCAUCGUCAGGUUCGUAAGUUGAGAACCAAAGAGGUUGCAUUAGUCAAAGACUUGUGGAGGAACCAAUUAGUUGAGGAAGCUACUUGGGAAGCCGAGGAGGAUAUGAAGAAGAAAUGCCAUCACCUUUUUUCCUCUGAUUCAAUUCCAGACCAAGGUACUCACUCUUUGUAA